CUGAGCUGCGCUGCGCUGCGGGCAGAGCCGAGGCUGCCGCGCAAAUCGGGCCGGCAGCCACCGCGCCCGGGGUCUAACACAGAUUCUGCCAAUCUCCCAAGGUCGGGGCUUGAACCCAUCCUGAUAAAGCCAAAGCCACCCCCCUCUUUUCCCAGCCAUGCAAACUGCGGGAUGAAGCUGGAAGCUGUGGUCGAGCAGCUGCAAAAGCAGCAGCAGAAGCAGCAGGCUCCUCUGCAGAUGGAUUCCAGGGAGAGACAGCAGAGGCAGAUGAGAGAAGCCCAGCUGCUCUACACACAGCAGCUGGCCGUGCAGCAGGCCGUGCUGGCGGCCACAUCUGGCAGGGCAGCAGGCGGCUCUGCUGUCGGUCCCUUGGCCAGAGGCCCACCUGCAGCUGGGGCCACGCGGGCUUUCGAUCAGAGCAGCAUGAAUUCGGAGCCGGAAGAGGAAGAAGAGGACGAGGAAGAGGUGGAAGAUGAGGAGGAGGAGGAGGAAGCGGGGUUGGAAGGAGGAGAUCUUGAGGAUGGUGCUGAUGUGACUGGAAAAGAAUCCUGCUCUGCUCUGAAAUAUUUUCACGCUCCCAAAGUUGCCCACCACAACCAAAGAGUGGCCUCUACCUCGAAUCCUCUUCCGGCCUCAGGGCACCAGAGGGGACAGCAGGGCAAAGAAGAACAGGGUAAGGACACUACUAAGCAGCCAUAUGCCGGCUCCCCGUCUGGACGCCAGAACUGGAGAUUGGAUGAGCAGCUCAAACAGAACGGCAAUGUGACCUGGAGUGAUGAAGGUGAUGGAUGUCGAGGAAGAGAAAUUUCACGAGACUUUGCCAAGCUUUAUGAACUGGACAGUGACCCUGAACGGAAAGAGUUCCUGGAUGACCUCUUCAUCUUCAUGCAGAAGAGGGGAACUCCCAUCAACAGGAUCCCCAUCAUGGCGAAGCAGAUCCUGGAUCUCUACAUGCUCUACAAACUGGUGACCGAGAAGGGAGGGCUGGUGGAAAUCAUCAAUAAGAAGAUCUGGAGGGAGAUCACCAAAGGCCUUAAUCUGCCCACCUCCAUCACCAGUGCCGCGUUCACACUUCGAACCCAGUAUAUGAAGUACCUGUAUGCCUACGAAUGUGAGAAGAAAUCCCUCAGUUCUCCUGCUGAGCUUCAGGCCGCGAUCGAUGGCAACAGGCGGGAAGGCAGAAGGCCCAGCUACAGCUCCUCUUUGUUCAGCUACUCACCCACAGCCUCGGGGCCUCCUUCCCUCCUGUCUCCCCCAAAGAUCCGCUUCCCCAUCAUCAGCGUCGCGCCGGGCAGCGGGACCAGCAAUGCUCGGGUGUCUCCAGCAGCAGCUGUAAGAAAAGGUGACGGUGUGCCCUUGACCGUGUCGAUGCCAAAUCGUAUUGCUGUGCCAGUGACCUUGGCUAGCCAGCAGGCCACGGUGGCAGCAAGAACAGCCACCCUGGAGCAGCUGCGGGAGAGGCUGGAGGCUGGGGAGCCACCAGAGAAGAAAGUCUCCCGGAUGACAGAGGAGGAGCAGCGGCUGGUCCAGCAGGCUCUGCAGCGCAACCUCUUCAGCAUGGCGCGGCAGAUCCCCAUGAAGAUCAAAAUCAAUGGCAAGGAAGACAAACCCGACUCGGCGGCGGCGGCGGCGCUGAAUUUGUCACCUAACGGCAUUGGGAGCAUUAACAUGUCGGUGGAGAUCAACGGCACGAUCUAUGCUGGCGUGCUCUUUGCCCAGAAGCCAGUCGUCCAUCUCCUCGCAGGCUCGCAGAGCUCCUGCAGCAGCAGCAGCAGCUCGCACUGCUCCGCCAGCCCUACCUCAUCGCGGGGAACCCCCAGCGCAGAGCCCUCCACUAGCUGGUCUCUCUGAUGGACGGCCGAGCUUGCUGUCUCACACUGGCCUCCGGCAGCUCUUCCUCUCUGCUCGCAGCGGGGAGCGAGCCGGGAAGGAGUCGCACAGAUUACCUCAUCUCAAGGAACCUGCUUCGUGGUUGGCCGACGGCAAGAUGAUGAUGAUGAUGAUGAUGAUGAUGAUGCUGAAACCUUUCCAUGCCAGCGAGUUUUUUCUUCAUCGCCUGUUUGUCCGGCCUUUUUCUUUGUUCUCUCCUUUCUUCCUCCCUUUCACUUCUGUUUCCUUCCUCCUCCUCCUCCUCCCAGGGUUUGCUGUGUUCCUCUUGGGGGGUGGCACGCAGAGAGGGGGGGCACACCUGGCGUUCUUCAAUCAGGGAUUGGCGGGCGGAGAGAUGGCUGAGACGUCACCAAGGCAGGUGGGAAGAGCUGGCAUCGGGGCAGGGGAACGGGCUUCUCCUCGAGCCGCAGCACGGCUCAGUUUGUUGACAAUCGGAACAGCCGGCAGGCUGCCUCGCUCCUCUCCUCCCAUGGCUUCUGCCAGGAGAGCCUCCUCGCUUCUCUUCCUCAGGCUCUGUCACGCUCCAGUGCUCGUCUGUCCUCCCCUCGGGCCACGCAGCCCUCGCUCGUGGAGCCCCAGAGGUGCGAUGAGCCUCCUUCCCCUCUCUCUGAGGUCUGCCUGGGAAGGACGUUCUCACCGCUGCGCUUGGCCCGUAGACAGAAAAAUCCCUCUCCAUCAGCUGCUUCGUCCUGCUGGCCUCUGCUGGCCAGUUCCCUACUGUUGUUGCCUUCUUCAGGCUUUCAGCCAAUUUUUAAACACCCUCAGCCUCGUCUGUUUCUCCUUAGGGAAUUCAUCCUACUGACGUUUCCCCCGAACCUUGCCUUUGUUUGGCUCCGAUUCUUUGCUCCCCUGGACACAAACAGCUUGAUCUGGACUUGCUGGAGCGGCUUCUCUUCGGAGGGUGCUCUCCACAUCCCCCUUCAAAUUGCACGUGAGCAGAAAGAAAACCAAUCUCCGUCAGCCAAGAUGCUCUCCUGUGGGGAAGCAGAGGAAAGAGAAUCAAACCUUUCCUCACCCUCUCCCUUCCAACCCAUGUAAAGCAAGCAGAGGCUGCCCACGAGCUGCUGCCCAGGCGGCCUCGCUCUGCCCCAUGCAUUCCCCAGCCCGCAGACCAGACCCGAGCACCAUCCCUCCUGCCCUGGUGACGUCCUUUCCAUCCUUCAGGCCCCAGUCAGGUUUUUUGAGCAGAUGAAAUACCUCAGAUAUGUACUUAUUGUUGGGGGGUGUUUUUGUUUGUUUGUUUGUUUGUUUGUUUUCGGGUUGUUUUUUAACCUCUUCAGGAAGUGUUGGCAUAUCUUAUUGCUUGGUUUGUUGUUUUGUUGUUUCGUUUGUUUUUUUUAAUAUGUGGUUUUGCUGACAUUGUGUUUAUUUUUUAUUUUUGAUCGUAGCACCAAAGACAGAAAAAUCAGAGCAAAGGAGCAGUGGCUUCCCCAUCCUUUAGGCUAGCAAGGAGACAGCUCUGUGUCAGGACACGCGCAUAGCACAGGCCAGGUAGAGGUAGGAAAGGAGGGCACAACUGACAGCUGAGUUGGGGAUUCUGUCCUUCACCUUGGACACAAGGCUGCCUCCAGAGUCCCUGUUUCCCUUCUCGGUAUUCCGUGUAGCAAAGCUGCUUGGUGCAGCUGGGGGACGAAGCCCUGCUUACACUACAGACGUACCCAAAACCUGCUGCAGCAAAAUGCUUUCUGACACUUCAGUCUUUGGUGGCUGCAGAGCGGCAGCCCGCUGGCAGCAGAGAUGGGUGCCACCUCGGCUUUCCUUGCCCCCAGCCUGCAGCUCAGGUGACAGGGCUGCCCUCAGCCCUUGCGUAAACCCCCCACGUGCAGCAGAGCCCAGCUCCCUGCAGUCGGGUUGUGACUCAGGUCAGCUGGCUGCCAGCCCUGGGGAGGACAGGGAGGCAGGGAGUGCUGGGAGCUGUGUGCUGGGAUUGGUUCUGCUCCUGGUGGCUCUCGGUGGCAGCAGUGCACUGGGGAAGCAGAGCUGCUCCCACUCGCCUGGCAGACCCACAGACCUCCAAAGCAUUUCACUGUCUCUACUCAGAGAGGAUUUACCACACUGAUUUACUCAGAUUGUUCUUUCCCCCCCCCCCCCCCCCUUUUUUUUUCAUUUCAGUUCUUUUUUCUUUUUGUUUUUCUUUUUUUUUUUUUGGAGAUGGGGGUGGGUUUGGGGGCUGUUUCCUAAGAGUGGGACUGGGGGACUUUUUUCUUUUCCUUGUGCUUUCUUCUCUGGUCCUGGGGAGCAGAGGUUAGUAAUGGGUGUUUUUGCUUAUGUAUCACAUGCUAACGUUGUGUUCUCUUGCACAGAAAGGCACUCGAAUCACUGAACUGCUAAACAGCUUCGACACUACUAGAGUAUUAAUGUUUAUAAGCUUUACACAACUAGACUGGAACCAGACAGGGACUAACAGAUUGUUUUGUAUCCAAUUCAGGGAAAGAAACAAGUCGGGAUGCGUAACAGAUACCUCAGUAAAAUAAGCUGCAACAAUACCCCGGUCCCUCAUCGUGGGGACCGGCCGUUCAGACUGUGAAGAGUAACCCUUCCCCAGGCCUGGCUUUGAUGCUGGCACUCGGCUUCUCGCAGUGUCCGGGUCACCUACUGAGCUGCCGGGUGCUGGUGGGGAUGGGGUUGUAGAAACCAGCAGCAGAGGGAGGGCGGAGGAGCGGGGCGGGCUGGGCGAGCCCCCGGCUCCCAUUCAUUUCACUCAGCGCGUUGGAUUGUAGAGUACUCAGGGUUUUGGUACUGCGGGUAGGACUGUUCCUCGGGUGAAGCGUUCCGCUUUGCAGUGCGUCUAAUUUCUCUUCCAACUCCAGACCAGCGAAAGUUUCACAGCGAGCAGCCAAAAAAAAGAAUAAUAAGGAUGAGAAGCCUGCGGCUGCUCGGCGCGGCCGUGGGAUGGGAGUGCUGCCCCACAUCCCAGCUCCGGGCUGGCACAGCAGUGGGACGCGGCGCUCUGGAGGGAUUCGGGUCAGAAUGUUCUCACCAAACAACGGCAGCAGCCUUGCUACUCGUUUUCUUACCUAUUUAAAGUAAAAAUAAGUAAAUAAAAAAAAAGAAAUGUGAUAGCCUAGGCGGUGGAUAAAUACCUCAACGUCUCCUUCCAACAAGUGUCUGUAUAUGUUGUUGUUGGGUUUUUUCUAUCUUACACGUUAUCUGAAUGUUUAUAUUCCAAUAAACUUCUACCUCUUCA